AUGAAGCUCUCUAUCAUCUUCGCCGCUCUGGUUUCAGUCGUUGCCGCUGGCGAGCUCACCCCCAAAGCAUGCAUUGCCAAAGACGGAGUCUGCUGGACUGGUGCAGGCGGCUCAAAGGGUGCCUGCUGCCCAGGCCUGAAGUGCACUGAGGUCAUCACGGACUUGAAGCACUGCAAAUAA